UGUGACUUAUCAGAUGCAGCUCAAUGAAGAUUUAAUGAAUCAUGGAGGACAAAGAGACAUUCUGUGAUGGAGAUUUUUCUCCAGGACACAGUGAGAGAUUAAACUUACCAGAGUCCAGUUGUAUUUCAAUGAAGAGUGACUGGUCUAAGGACAACAUAAUAACAUUUGAGGGAAAACACACAUCAACUGAUCAGAGGCAGAGAGCAAACUCAUCAGAGUCCAGCUGUGUUUCCAUGAAGAGUGACUGGUCUAAGGACAACAUAAUAACAUUUAAGGGAAAACACACAUCAAAUAAUCGGAGGCAGAGAUCAAACUCAUCAGAGUCCAGCUGUGUAUCCAUGAAGAGUGACUGGUCUAAGGACAACAUAAUAACAUUUAAUGGAAUUCACACAUCAACUGAUCUGAGUCCAGCAGAGCUGAGAUAUGAGUCCAUGGAAGGUGACUUGUAUAUGGAAGACCCAGUAACAUUUAAGGGAAAAAUUAAUAUGAGUCCUGACUCUCAACUGAUCCAAAGCAGAUUCAAAUCAAAUCUUCUGAAGAAGUUUCAGUGUCUGUAUGAAGGAACGUCAAAGCAGGGAAACUCAACACUCCUGAAUGAAAUCUACACAGAGCUCUACAUCACAGAGAGUGAAAGUGGAGAGAUCAAUAAUGAGCAUGAGGUGAGACAGAUUGAGAUACAAUCCAGGACAGCAGCAACAGAGGACACACCAAUCAAAUGCAGUGACAUCUUUAGACCUUUACCUGGACAAGGCAAACCCAUCAGAACUGUGCUGACAAAGGGAGUCGCUGGCAUUGGAAAAACAGUCUCUGUGCAGAAGUUCAUUGUGGACUGGGCUGAAGGGAAAGAGAAUCAGGACAUCCAUCUCAUAUUUCCACUUCCUUUCAGAGAGCUCAACUUGAUGGACAGAAAUUUCAGUCUUUUUGAUCUUCUUCAUGUCUUUUACCCUGAAAUGAAAGAAAUGGAAAUAUCCAGUAAUGUAUAUAAAGUCUUGUUCAUCUUUGAUGGUCUGGAUGAAUGUCGUCUGUCUCUGAACUUUGAGAGCAAAGUGAAACUGUGUAAUAUAUAUGAAUCAGCCUCAGUAGAUGUGCUGCUGACAAAUCUCAUUGCAGGGAAUCUGCUUCCCUCUGCUCUCAUCUGGAUCACCUCCAGACCAGCAGCGGCUGAUCUAGUCCCCUCUGAGUGUGUCCAUCGAGUUACAGAGGUACGGGGCUUCAGUGACCCACAGAAGGAGGAAUACUUCAGGAAGAGAAUCUGUGAUCAGAGUCUGGCCAAUACAAUCAUCACACACCUGAAGUCAUCAAGGAGCCUCCACAUCAUGUGCUACAUCCCAGUCUUCUGCUGGAUUUCAUCCACUGUUCUAGAGAAGAUGUUGAGUCAAGCAGAGAGUGGAGAGAUUCCCAAAUCUCUCACUCAAAUGUACACACACUUCUUAAUCAUUCAGACCAACAUCAAACAUGAGAAGGACUAUGAGAAGAAAGUAAAGGAUAAUAGCAUGAUUGUCAAACUGGGGAAACUGGCAUUUCAGCAGCUUGUGAAAGGCAACCUGAUCUUCUAUGAAGAAGACCUGAGAGAGUGUGGCAUUGAUGUGACAGAAGCAUCCGUGUACUCAGGAUUUUGCACUCAGAUCUUUAGAGAGGAGUUGGGCUUGUAUCAGGGGAAAGUCUUCUGCUUUGUUCAUUUGAGCAUUCAGGAACAUCUAGCAGCUCUAUAUGCACAUCUCUCCUUUACAAAGAAGAAAAGAAAUGUGUUUGAAAAAAAUAAACAAAGUCUGUCAUCUAAGAUUUUAAACUGGAAAAAAAAAUCAUUAUCUGAGCUGCAUCAGAGAGCUGUGGAUGAGGCUUUACGGAGUAAGAAUGGACAUCUGGACCUUUUCCUGCGUUUUCUUCUUGGUCUCUCAUUGGAGUCCAAUCAAACUCUUGUACAAGAACUUCUGACACAGACAGGAAGCUGCUCCUACAGCAAAAACAAAACAGUUCGGUACAUCAAGCAGAAGAUCAGAGAGAGUCGCUCUGCAGAGAGAUCCAUCAGUCUGUUCCACUGUCUGAAUGAACUGGGUGAUGAUUCCCUGAUGAAGGAGAUCCAAGAUUAUCUGAGAUCUGGAGAAAUAGGAGAAACCAAACUCUCAUCUUCACAGUGGUCAGCUCUGGUUUAUGUGUUGCUGACAUCAGAGCAGAAGAUGGAUGUUUUUGAUCUAAACCAGUUUAUUGGAGCACAAAAUACAGCAGAUGAAGUUCUUCAGAAUCUGUUGCCUGUUCUUAAAGAAUCCAGAUCAGUUCAGUUGAGUGAUUGUGGUGUCAUCGACGAAGGUUGUGCUGCUCUGGCUUCAGCUCUGACAUCAAACCCCUCACACCGGAGACAACUGAGUCUGUCUAGAAAUAAACUAAAAGAUUCAGGAGUGAAGCUGCUCUGUGAUGCACUGAAGGACCCUCACUGUAAACUGGAGAUACUGAGGUUGAUUGAUUGUGGUGUCACAGAUGAAGGUUGUGCUGCUCUGGCUUCAGCUCUGAGAUCAAACCCCUUACAUCUGAGAGAAUUGGAUCUGUCUAGAAAUAAACUGCUAGAUUCAGGAGUGAAUCGGCUCUCUGUUGUACUGAAGGAUCCUGACUGUAAACUGGAAACACUGUGGUUGAGGUAUUGUGGUGUCACAGAUGAUGGUUGUGCUGCUCUGGCUUCAGCUCUGAGAUCAAAUCCCUCACACAUGAGAGAACUAGAUCUGACUGGAAAUAAAAUAGACAUAGGAGUGAAUCUGCUCUCUGUUGGACUGAAUGAUCCUCACUGUAAACUGGAGAUACUGAGGUUGAGUGAUUGUGGAGUCACAGAUGAAGGUUGUGCUGCUCUGGCUUCAGCUCUGAGAUCAAACCCCUCACACCUGAGACACCUGGAUAUGUCUGGAAAUAAACUAGGGGACUCAGGAGUGAAUCUGCUCUCUGCUGGACUGAAGGAGGGUAAACUGGAAAUACUGAGGUUGAUUGAUUGUGAUGUCACAGAUGAAGGUUGUGCUGCUCUGACUUCAGCUCUGAGAUCAAACUCCUCACACCUGAGAGAACUGGAUCUUUCAUGCAAUAAUCUUGGUGAAAGAGGAUUGAAGCUGCUGUCUGAUCUGAAGGGUGAUCAACAAUAUGAAUGUCUUCUGACCUUCUCUGGAUCAGCUGAUGGUGAAUAAAGAGCUACUACAGACAAAUUCAGCAGAAUCAACAGACAUAAACCCAUAGUGAUCAUCAAACAUGUGUUUGUGUAACUUUACAGAAUGAUACAAUCCUUGAUCUAAAAUUAAACAAAGAACCUAUUUGUUCUUUUUGACAUUUAUACUGGUUCCCUUUUUAACAUAAUGACAUUGUUUGUAACAAUAUGUGUGUCUUCUGUACAAAUCAUAUUAUAUUUCAAUCCAAAAUGUGUAUUUAUUAAUUGACUUGAUAAAGUAAAAAUACACAUAAUUUCCUGCAGGUCAUUUCUUUGUCUGUAAUCUGAUAUAAUAUAGAAGUGCCACUGUAUUUGUUUGUAUCCAGUGCCAGAAGCUUCUGUGCAUAGUUUUGAAGCAAUCCAUAGUUGAGCCCCUAUACACACAACCUAGAUGGAGAAUUAGAUGAGAUAAGAGACUCAUCAUUGACACUUGUCUAGUUUUGCAACUAGACAGUCACAGAUGUUUAUGAUUAUUUAUUUUUUGCAUAAUAUGUGUUAAAACAUAAGUAUAUUGAGAACAUUUGAAUCUCAAUUUAAAGCACUUGUUAAUAUUUGAUCAGAGAUGUGUUCACUUUGUGCUCUGUAAUUAAACUUUAUGCUUUGUUUUGGUCAUUCAGGCUUAUGAUGGCCUGUAAAAUGUACCUUUUUAUACUGUGGUGAAGGUGGACAGGGUCUGAAAUUGUUCAUCUUGUACGUUCAGCAGAGAAGCAUUUAUUUCCACUUUUGUUUCCACUUUGACCUCUAAUGGGCUGUACGCACCUUCAUGAACCUGUUCCUGUCUGAAACGUGAAGAUACGAAAUACAUGCCUAAAUGCAGAUAUUUUAGUUCCUGUGUAAAACAUCCAAAAUAUAUACAUGCUUUGUACAGUAUGUAAUAGUGAUCCACAAUAUAUUGGUUACUAUAUCUGCAUUUGCCUGUAUGUGUUCAUCUGAUUAAGCAGAUGAUGGAAGCAGAUAUCAUGGCUUUUUUAACCAGUGUACUACAGUAGUAGGUGUAGUAAGUGGAUCAAAAGGACAACUUUGAACUUUUUUUUUUGGAUUCACUUCAAAUGUUGACUACUGUAUUUUACUAAACAGUUAUCGUUUCUACUAUGUUUAUAGGACAUAAUGUACAGUAAAUUAGCAUGAUGCACAGCUACUUACAAAAUAAAUAAAUGGACAUGAAA